GGAACAACACCUGGAACAACACCUGGAACAACGCCAGCUACAACACUUCGAACAACACCGGGAACCACACCAGGUACUACACCAGGCACAACAUCAGAGGAGGUGAAUCCUUGCAGUGAUGUUCCAUGUCUGAAUGGAGGAACAUGUACCAACCUGAUAGAGACCUACACCUGCAUCUGUGGGGGAUCCUUCAUGGGCAGGAACUGUGAAAUAGAGUAUGGCAUCUGCUACGCAUCUGGUGAUCCUCACUACAAGACAUUUGAUGAUCUUAGGUAUGACUUCCAGGGCAAUUGUUCCUACAUUCUCACUCAAGAUUGCUCCACAGCUGACCCACUCUUCAAAGUGAUCGUCUCAAAUAGAAAGAUAUCCCAAACAGCUUCAGUGUCAAUCACGUAUGAUGUUACAAUCAUCCUGAAUCAAACGGAGAUAUACUUAGGACCCGACCUUGCUGUAAGCGUGGAUGAUGUCAUUGUCAAUCUCCCAUCUGAAAGACCUGGCAUCAGGAUUUCUCUUAGUGGCAUCAAUGUGCAAGUAGUAGCAGAUGUCGGCCUUUAUGUGCGAUGGGAUGGUAACAGCAGAGUGGAGGUCAAAGUGACAUCCGACUUCAAGGACAAUACCUGUGGUCUAUGUGGAAACUACAAUGGAAUUGGUACCCAAGAGGAUGAGUUUCUUACACCAACAGGAAAUUCGGUGUCCAAUGAGGCGGCAUUUGGCAACAGCUGGGAGGCUUGCGAUGAUUCAGAUUGUGUACCUCAAGAAGACGAAACCAAUCCUUGCUCAAGUGCUACAGAGUCUGUGGUUCUUGGAGCCGAAAGCAAGUGUGAUAUCAUCAAAAGUGCUGCAGGUUUUACCGAGUGCUUUGCUGUAUUAGAUCCCACCCCAUACUUCGGAGACUGUGUCUAUGAUGUCUGUGCGUCCCCUGAUGACGGCGAUACUGCACUCUGUAACGCUUUGGCAUCUUACACUCAAGCAUGCAGAUACCUCUAUGUUGAUGUCCCUUCUUGGAGGAAUGAAACACUUUGUCCCCUGACCUGUCCAUCAAACAGUAUCUACGGUAACUGCAUCUCCGCCUGUCCACGCACCUGCUGGGAUUACCAAGACCCUGAUCCCCCCUGUCACGACCUCUGUGUUGAGGGGUGUGCAUGUGAUGAGGGAUUCGUCCUGGAGAAUCUGCAGUGUGUACCAGAGAGCCAGUGCGGAUGUGUAACAGAUGGAUUCUAUCUCACAGUUGGCAGUAGUAUGCUUACUCCAGACUGCACAGAAUACUGCGAGUGCAACGCAGGAGGUAGUAUCAACUGCACUCAAGUAUCCUGCGAUCCUAGCGCAUCUUGUGGAGUGGAGGAUGGAGAAACAAGCUGCAUAUGCAACGCUGGCUAUGAAACUGUGGGCAAUGCAUUCGACUGUACAGGAACAACAACUUCAAUGGGAAUGAUGACUUCAUCUGACUUAUCUUCUACCGUAGGAAUGAUGUCUUCAUCUGAAACGUCAUCUUCAAUGGGAAUGAUGACUUCAUCUGAAACGUCACCUUCAAUGGGAAUGAUGACUUCAUCUGACUUAUCUUCUACCAUGGGAAUGAUGUCUUUAUCUGAAACGUCAACUUCAAUGUUAAUGAUGACUUCAUCUGACUUAUCUUCUACCGUGGGAAUGAUGUCUUCAUCUGAAACGUCACCCUCAAUGAUAAUGAUGACUUCAUCUGACUUAUCUUCUACCAUGGGAAUGAUGUCUUUAUCUGAAACGUCAACUUCAAUGUUAAUGAUGACUUCAUCUGACUUAUCUUCUACCGUGGGAAUGAUGUCUUCAUCUGAAACGUCACCCUCAAUGAUAAUGAUGACUUCAUCUGACUUAUCGUCUACUGCAACAACACCACUUACAACACCAGUUACAACACAAGGAACAACCCCUGGAACGACACCCGGAACAACACCUGUGACAACGCCAGCUACAACAACUGGAACAACGCCUGGAACGACUCUCAGAACAACACCCGGAACAACACCUAGAACAACACCUGUGACAACUCCAGCUACCACACCAGGAACAACGCCUGGAACGACAUCCGGAACAACACCUGGAACAACACCUGUGACAACGCCAGCUACAACACCUGGAACAACACCUGGAACAACACCAGGCACAACACUAGGUACCACACCAGGCACAACACCAGGAACAACUCCAGGAACAACACCUGGAACAACUCCAGCUACAACACCAGCUACAACACCAGGACCAACACCAGGAACGACACCCGGAACAACACCUGGAACAACACCUGUGACAACGACAGCUACAACAACUGGAACAACGCCUGGAACGACACCCGGAACAACACCUGGAACAACACCUGUGACAACUCCAACUACAACACCAGGAACAACGCCUGUAACGACACCCGGAACAACACCAGGUACUACACCAGGCACAACACCAGAUGUUUUGAUUUCUAUUGACAUCACCUUCAAUAACACAUACCAGAUUGAUCUCGCGAACUCAUCGUCUUCUGCGUUCAUCAAUUUGGCCAAUGCUCUGUGCAACCGCUUGAUCGAGUAUUUCGAGAGCCUGACGAAUGGCGAUAUCACAUGCGAAGUAUUACGGUUCAGAAGCGGCAGUGUACAGGCAGAUGUUAACUUGACCUUCCCUGCUAACAACGCCUCUCAGGCACAGAACAUCAUGAAUAAUGUCGGAAUGGUUACCGCGAUGGAUAUAGGAAACAUUAUAGUCGACAAUGAAACAUACUUCCCAACCGCCGUCAGCUCAAAUGGUAAGAUCAAUUUUUUAAACCUAUUCCUCACUUUUUGA